AUGCCGUACCCUGAAGAAGCUGAGGGUUUCCAAGUUGAUGGUCCUGAUACCUACACUCACUUCCACAAGCGAUUCUUCAAGCUGAAGCCAUUCGGUGACUACGACGUUGACAUCAAAAUCGAGGCAUGUGGUGUAUGCGGCAGUGACGUCCACACCAUCAGCGGUGGAUGGGGAGAUCAGAAAUUCCCUCUCUGCGUGGGACACGAAAUCAUCGGCCGCGCUAUUCGAGUCGGACCAAAAGUCACGCUCAUCAAAGAAGGCCAACGCGUCGGCGUAGGCGCACAGUCCUACUCUUGCGGCGAAUGCAAGCAAUGUCGAAACGACAACGAAACAUACUGUCCCGUACAGAUGAUGGAUACGUACGGCUCUGUGUGGCCUGAAACCGGUAUCACCAGUCAGGGUGGAUAUUCCUCUCACGUACGAAUUCACGAGCACUGGGUGUUUCCUAUCCCGGAUGCACUUCCAACAAACACCGUAGCUCCCAUGCUCUGUGCUGGACUGACGGCGUACUCGCCGUUAGUACGGAAUGGUGCGGGACCGGGCAAAAAGGUAGGUAUUGUGGGACUGGGAGGAAUUGGUCAUUUCGGAAUUAUGUUUGCCAAGGCACUCGGAGCGGAGGUUUGGGCUAUUUCGCGAUCGAGAGCGAAGGAGGCUGAUGCAAGGGAACUUGGCGCGGAUGGGUACAUUGCUACCGCUGAAGAUGGAUGGGAGAUUCCGCAUCGGUUCUCGUUUGAUUUGAUUAUCAACUGUGCGAAUUCGUCGGAGGGGUUUGAUCUUGCGAGAUACCUUUCUAUGAUGGAUGUUCAUGGGCGUUGGAUUAGUGUUGGAUUGCCAGAGGAAGAGGGUCAGGUUAUUAAGGCGCAGAAUUUGAUUGGGAAUGGAGUGCUGAUUGGGGCUAGCCAUUUGGGUAGCAGGAAGGAAAUGUUGAAUAUGCUUCAGUUGGCGGCGGAGAAGGGACUUCAAGGUUGGGUUGAGGAGAUUGCGAUUGGUGAGGAGGGUUUGAAGGAGGCUAUGCUGUGGAUGAAGAAGGGGGAUGUUCGUUAUCGGUUUACUUUGACUGGCUACGAUAAAGUCUUUAGAUAG